GCCACCGGCAACACCAAAACAAAUUAACCUUCCCCUGAAACCUCUCCCAUCCACAACUCCCCACAUUCUCCCCCUCUCCUUUUUACUCUUUCCUCUCUUUGUUGAGGAAAUCUAGAGGAAGCAAGCGGUCUCCACACCCUUCUUCCUCUCAAUCUCUUUCACCAUGGCUUUCCCUUUACUUUUCAUUCUCUUCCUCUCCAUUUCCUUCUCAGAAGCCAAGCUCUCUGUCAACUACUACAAGAAAACAUGCCCAGACUUCGACAAAAUCAUGCGCGAAACAGUCACCAGCAAACAAAUCUCCAACCCCACCACCGCCGCAGGCACCCUCCGUGCCUUCUUCCAUGAUUGCGUGGUCGAUGGCUGCGAUGCCUCUGUCCUCAUCUCCUCCAAUUCCUUCAACAAGGCCGAGCGUGACGCUGACCUCAACCUCUCCCUCUCAGGAGAUGCCUUUGACCUCAUUGUUCGAGUGAAGACUGCCCUCGAGCUCGCUUGCCCGGGCAUCGUCUCCUGCUCCGACAUCCUCGCUCAAGCUACACGUGACCUUAUUACCAUGGUUGGCGGUCCUUACUACAAAGUCCUCCUCGGCCGAAAAGAUGGCCUUGUGUCACAAGCAUCACGAGUAGAAGGAAACAUUCCACGACCGAACAUGUCCGUGAAUCAAAUCAUCAAAAUGUUUGUCUCCAAAGGGUUUACAUUACAAGAAAUGGUUGCUCUAAGUGGAUCACACACCAUUGGAUUCACUCACUGCAAGGAAUUCGCGGAUAGGAUUUUCCAUUACAACAAGACCAGCUCGACUGACCCAGAAAUAUAUUCCAAGUUCGCCGAUGCGUUGAAGAAGACUUGUGCAAACUACACCAAAGACCAUUCAAUGUCUGCUUUCAACGACGUGAUGACCCCCGGCAAGUUCGACAACAUGUACUUCCGAAAUCUUCAGAGGGGAUUGGGGCUCUUGGCUUCGGAUCAUGCACUUGUUAAGCACCGUAGGACAAAGCCAAUCGUCGAUUUGUAUGCUUUGAACCAAACAGCAUUCUUCGAGACUUUUUCGUAUGCAAUGGAGAAGCUUGGCGUUUACGGUAUCAAGACUGGUUGGAAGGGAGAGGUGAGGCACAAGUGCGACGCAUUCAACUUUCUAAAGACAUAGAGUGUUCUUGUUUCAAUAACCAUGAAUGACAUAAAGCGUAAUUUAAUUUAAUUUUUAAGUUUUUCUUAACUUCAUUUUUCUUCUGUUUUGAAAAGAAUAUUUUUUUAUGGUGAUAUGAUGAUCCAGUUGAUGUGCUUC